UUGUAUUUUUUUAUUUCUUGUUUAUCUUGUUACUUUAUGUUAACCUUUUUAUUAUUUUUCUAAAAAGAAUCAUGCCACCUGCAGCCUGGCUGGCAGACGGACCUGCCUGGGCUAAGUCCCACGAGCGGUGCUGGGCGGGUUCGGCUUCAAUCAAAGCGUUAAUGGCCGUUCGGACAUUAUAAGAGGAUGACACGCGUCAAAAAGCGCGUGUGCAUUCCUCAUUCGUGCGGGGAUGAUAAACGGGCGUUUAACAUGAACGCCGUUCGUCAUCCCCGCGUCUCUCCAUUUUCCACCUAGACCUCUCGUUCUGUUAUCCUCUCCAACCGGCGAAGGAGGCAUAAGGCAUCACCGGCGAAGUCAAGCUUCUUCCGGCGACCGGCGAUCGGCGACAAUCCUAGAAAUAGGUCCAACUAUAACAAACAUGGCUUAUCUAUUGAUGGAUGGGAAGAGAGGGAACUGAUCAGCCGAGACGGUCUGGCAAAGCUCAAAGCCAGUGUCUUCUUUGCUACCAUCGACCAUCAAACGGAGGUGCCCUUCCAACAAAGGAUGAAUUCGACACUCUAAUAACAGAAGGUUCCUCUGAGUGGCGGAAUCUCUGUGAAAACGAGGACUACAUGCAACGCUUCCCUGACAAGCACUUCGAUCUCGAGAUUGUACUAGAAGCAGACCUUAAGCCUCUUUCAGUCAUGCCAGACAGAUCUUUCAUAGGGUUCUUCAGUCCCGAGAAGUUUGAGUCCUUUGAAGGGACAUAUAUCCUUCGAUGGUAUAUGGGACAUGAUAGCGGUAGCAUCAACGAUGGUGAGCAUCAGGUUUAUAUGGUCAGCUGGAAUGAUCAUUUCUUCAUUUUGAAGAUUGAAUCCAAUGCCUGUUAUAAAAAUGAUACUUUGGGAGAACGACUGUUCGAGGGGUGCAGCCAGGCCUACACAACAAUGUACUUACUACAGUCGAGAAGUCAGAAGAUGAGAAGAAUUGUUUUUAACUUUUAACCAAAACAGCAAGAAUAGAAAGUAAAGAACUUCAUAUU